CGCCACGUCCCGGAAGUCGCGCUCUCGUGGGUCUUCGUGAUUGGCUGGGACAGAAUCGAGCAGGGUUGUCCCGCCUCCUUGAGGCGGCUAUUGGCCCAGGACCCUGCCUGUCUGAGCGGCCCCACCCGCCCGCCGUCCUCUGGCGGCCGUUGGAAUCGCGGCCCUGCCCACCCGCCGCCGCGUCCAGGGCGGUGUCCCCUCGGUCUGUGGCCGCGGACACGGCAGGGCGGAAGGAGGCCAGAAUCCUAAGGGGGACGGGCCAGGGCCGCUGCACAGGUCAGGCACGGAGCGAUGGCCGCCCCAGCGACCUCAGCACCCUCGGCCCCACCCGCCCCGGUCGCGCCUGGUGACCUCUCGGAGGGCGGGAGUCGGGGCCCUCCUGACCUCCCGCCGGAGCCCAAGCAGCUCCCAGAGCUGAUCCGCCUGAAGCGAGACGGAGGCCGCCUGAGUGAUGUGGACAUCAGGGGCUUCGUGCGCGCCGUGGUGGACGGGAGCGCGCACGGCGCGCAAAUCGGGGCCAUGCUCAUGGCCAUCCGACUGCGAGGCAUGGAUCUGGAGGAGACCGUGGCGCUGACCCGGGCCCUGGCCACGUCCGGACAGCAGUUGGAGUGGCCGGAGGCCUGGCGCUCGCAGCUCGUAGACAAACACUCCACAGGAGGAGUGGGUGACAAAGUCAGCCUGGUCCUGGCACCUGCCCUGGCUGCCUGUGGCUGCAAGGUACCAAUGAUCAGCGGACGCGGUCUGGGGCACACUGGGGGCACACUGGAUAAACUGGAGUCUAUUCCUGGAUUCACUGUCAUCCAGAGCCCAGAGCAGAUGCAAGGGCUCCUGGAGCAAGUGGGCUGCUGUAUCGUGGGUCAGAGCAAGAAGCUGGUUCCUGCUGAUGGAAUCCUUUAUGAAGCCAGAGAUGUGACAGCCACUGUUGACAGCCUGCCACUUAUCACAGCCUCCAUCCUCAGUAAGAAGGUGGUGGAGAGCCUGUCUGCUCUGGUGGUGGAUGUGAAGUUCGGAGGGGCUGCAGUCUUCCCUAGCCAGGCACAGGCCCGGGAACUGGCAGAAGUGCUGGUUGGCGUGGGAGCCGGCCUGGGGCUUCGGGUCGCGGCGGCUCUGACGGCCAUGAACAACCCCCUGGGCCGCAGCGUGGGCCACAGCCUGGAGGUGGAGGAGGCGCUGCUUUGCAUGGAUGGUGCCGGGCCGCCGGACCUGCGAGACCUGGUCACUAGGCUCGGAGGGGUCCUGCUCUGGCUCAGCAGACAGGCGGAGACCCAGGACGAAGGCGCCGCCCGGGUGGCCCAGACCCUGGACGACGGCUCAGCCCGGGACCGGUUCGAGCGGAUGCUCGCGGGGCAGGGCGUGGACCCGGGCCUGGCCCGAGCCCUAUGCUCUGGGACUCCCGCGCAGCGCCGGCAGCUGUUGCCCCGCGCCCGGGAGCAGGAGGAGCUGCACGCGCCCGGAGACGGCACGGUGGAGCUGGUCCAGGCGCUACCGCUGGCGCGCGUGCUGCACGAACUCGGGGCCGGGCGCAGCCGCGCCGGGGAGCCACUCCGGCCGGGGGUGGGCGCCGAGGUGCUAGUCAGCGUGGGUCAGAGACUGCGCCGCGGUGAGCGCCGAUCCUGGCCCCUCCUCGCCCCCGCCGGUCGCCUCGCCCGUUGGCCGCCCGUCUGGCCGCCCUGCUUGCUGGUCGCCUCGCCCGCUGGCCGCCCGUCCGGCCUCCCCGCUUGCUGGCCGCCUCGCCCGCUGGCCGCCGCGCCUUCUGACCCCUUUGGGCCGCCCUGCAGGGAUGCCAUGGCUUCGCGUGCACCUGGACGCGCCCGCGCUCAGCGCCGCGCAGCGCCGCGCUCUGCAGGAGGCGCUGGUGCUCUCGGACCGCGCGCCCUUCGCCGCCCCCUCGCCCUUCGCAGAGCUCGUUCUGCCGCCGCCCAGGACCAUGUCCACCCACACGCAGCAAUGAAGCCGAGAGUGCCAAGUCCUAUCCAUGCCUGUGGGGAGAUUAAUAAAGGGAAACCUUUAAAAUGGGGUCCAGAGGACAGGAGGGAGAGUGCCACAUAGCGCCGGCGGGCAGUUACAGGAGGAGAGUCCGGGACAGGCCCCAAAAGAGAAUCCUCAGUACAGGAAGAAAUGUGCGCUGCAUUCCAAGCAAAUCACCGCCCCAGCCUGAACUCUCCUUUCCUCCAAGAGACUUUGAUUCAAAACCCUCCUAACUUCCUCCUUUUCUACAAAAUAACAUUCUCCUGUCUUGUUUGCUAGAUUUGCCUAUGGUCCGCCAUAGCUUGCACAACCGGAAUUGCAAUUCUUUGGCUAUUUCUGAAUAAACUCAUUUUACCGGUAGAAUAA